UUCUGAUAUGUUUAGAUUUUUUUUUGUUUUGUGAGAAGGGAGGAAAAAAUAAACCAAUGGAAGGAGGUGGUGGGAGGUGGGACAAAAAUAAAACCGGAGUACCAAAAUAAAACCGAAAUAUCAAGCUACCAACUGCUUCAUUAGGAGUAAAGAUCCUAGUACAUGUCAACAACCAUUUGCGACGUCAACAGCUUAAAUUUUUUAUAAAAAGUAAAUCUGUCCUUUAAAAAAUAUGUCCCGGCAGCCUAGUUAUUUUGAGGUCUAACCUUGUAGCAUGUUCUUCCGUAUCAAACAGUUCACAAGGAUAAUUACUUGAGGAAGAACGGUCAGAAGUUCUCAGUACUGUGAAUGUAUUGGCAUCUCCCGCUUGUAUCCUUCUUGUAGCUUGACUUGUAAGCAAGUGGUUUUUUCACAUUUCCAUAAUCAUGUAAAUCAGGUUGAGUCCAAAAAUUGCACACAAGAAAGUGUGCUGCAACAUCUCCAUGCUGUUUCCAGUAAUCAUUUUUGGUUCAGGCCAAUCUGUUAACAAUCAGUCUGUCACGUCCAGCCAAGCAAGUUAGCUUCAGUUUUGUCCAUAUCAUUUUUUUUGCGAAAGUUGUCCAUAUCAAUUAACACCCCAACUUUUUAACCAAAGAGACAGCUUGAGAUGGGAGGCCUCCACCUCUAAUUUGUUGGUACGAAACGAUGGAAGGAAAAACUUUACUGCCUUCCUUCCAAAGCCCACCGAUUUUUUAUACGAAAAAUACCACUGUAAGCACUUGAUACGGAGGGAGAGCGUACAAACACCAAAUAUUGGAUACAUUAUACAUGCACCUUGAAAAGAUAACUUGUCCACGUCACGGAUCCGGGUGCUCUGUAGAAGUAGCCGUUAAUAAUUCCAGGCAGGAAAUUAAAGCUUACCACAAGAUACAGGACUGCUAAUCUGUACGUAGAAAGAAACACAGGCGCGCAAACAGAUUUAGAAGAAAACACAUCUGGCGCCCGGUGCUGAAUUCAUAGUCAGGAAUGGAAAGGCAAUACUCCUGGGACUUUAAAAGGGGAUGCUAGGCGCCAAGUUUGUCACCAGGCAUUGCCGGAUCAUCUAUCGCCAGCCCUCCUCUCCUACACUUUCUGUUCAGGAUCCUCGUUUCUUGAUCGAAACUUUUGUAGAUGGCUGACAAACAGAACAACAAGGGGAAGGAGAAGAUGCGCUGCUCGGAGUCGCUGUCCGACGAUUCAGAUUCAGAUUCAGUACGGCCCUGCAAGAGGCCCCGGCGGGCGGCUCCAGAGACCACCCCGGAGCAGCAGAGCGCACAGGGUUCGUUGAAAAUCAGGGAUCGAAAGGGAUGGCAGCAUGGUACCAUCAUUGACGGAAACAGAAACUGGCAGUGCAAGUACUGCCCCAUGGUUGGGCGCAGCGGCGGCGUCACCAGCCUCAAGCAUCAUGUUGCUGGUGGCAGCAGCAGGGUAAGGGCCUGCCCAUCUGCUCCUAAACAUGUCGCCAACGAGGUGAGACGUUGGCUGGACAGGACGAGGCGGAAACCGCGAAAGUGGACUGCAAGAAAAGGGACUGCUGUGCAGCCGGCUGUGGCCACGACCACUGACCCCAACAACUCUGUACCCCGCGGUUCGACAGAUAAUGAGGAAGGCAGUGCCUUCCCCUCACCCGCAUCUUUCAUGACACGUCUCGUGGACAUGAUGCUUGCUGCCGCAGAGGUGCUGAGCAAGGAGGAGCAGGCGAAGGACUCUGAAAAGAAGCCAUGAGGAAGCAGGAAG